GUGGGGUUUUUCUGAUCUCUCCUUGCCAGCCAGCUUACAUUAGUCCUUGGGCGCACCAUAUGACAGAGCUUGUGGUUGAGUCCCGCUGAAUGCAGGCAUGUGCUGUGUGCCAUGUGGCUACUCAGUGUUGGAUGAAGCUUUUUGUGGGUGCUGCAUGACUGCAAAAUUGCUUGUCGGUGGUGACAAGAGUUUACCAGCUUUGAACCCAGGCACCUCAGUUUCCCGGGCUUUGCACUCAUGCACUUGAGUGUCCCAGGCAUUGCACCCCCCUCCUCACAUCGUGGAUUUCUCCGUGGUCUCUGAGUUUGAGCCGCGGCCGCCUGUGAGGCCUGAGAAUGCGUCCGCUCAUGCAUCACACCAGCCCAAGGUAAGCGAUGAGGAAGUAGCGGAGUUGCCCUUUGAGGAGCUAUGGUAUGGUGCAGCACCCGCUCGGGCUAGCACGGCAGCAGUUGCAAUGCAGCCCGUCCGGCAGACCCCCGGGGGGCAGGAUGUCCUGGGGAGGCUGCUGGCGGACCUGUGCACCAGGCUCCCCACGCUCGAGGAUGACGGCGCCGCCGCGCUGCGCGAGUACGUGGAGGAGGAGGCGCGGGACCUGCAGGGGGAGGCGUUCACGCGCUUCAUGGACACCCUGUUUGAGCGCAUCUCAGCCCUGGUGGCGCGCAGCGAGGUGGCGGACAACCUGGGAGCGGUGCGCGCCAUCGACCAGCUGAUUGGGGUACAGCUGGGGGAGAAUGCCACCAAGAUCUCGCGCUUUGCCAACUACCUACGCCAGAUCUUUGAGGAGAAGGGGGACCCCGCGGUCAUGGUGGCCGCCAGCGUGGCGCUGGGCCACCUCGCCAGGGAAGGGGGGGCGCUCACUGCUGAUGUGGUGGAGUUCCAAGUAAAACGUGCACUGGAGUGGUUGCAGGGCGAACGCGUGGAAUCCAAGAGGUUUGCGGCUGUGCUCAUCCUCAAGGAGAUGGCGGAGAACGCGCCAACGGUGUUCAAUGUGCACAUCCCGGUGUUCAUCGAUGCCAUUUGGUCAGCGAUGCGCGACCCUAAGCUGGAGGUGCGCCUGCGUGCGGUGGACGCGCUGCGUGCCUGCCUGUGCGUCAUUGAGAAGCGCGAGACGCGGUGGCGCGUGCAGGGCUACUACCGCAUGUUUGAGGAGACGCAGAAGGGGCUCAACAAGACCGCAUCAGUGGAAAGCAUCCAUGGGUCGCUGCUAGCAAUCGGGGAGCUGCUGAGGAACACGGGGGAGUUCAUGAUGGCGCGCUACAAAGAAGUCGCCAAGAUCGUGCUCAACUACCGCGACCACCGAGAGCGCCUGGUGCGCCGUAGCAUCACAGCACUGCUGCCCCGCAUUGCCUACUUCCUGCGCGACCGCUUCGUGGCCAGCUACCUCAAGGUGUGCAUGGAGCACCUAUUGGGCGUGAUGCGCAACCCCGCGGAGCGCACCACCGGCUUUGCAGCGCUUGGCGAGAUGGCGGGGGCAGUGGGGCCGGCCCUCACGCCAUACCUGCCGUCCAUCACGCCUCUCCUAAGAGAAGCGAUCGCGCCCUCUCGGCGGGGCCGCCCCUGCCCAGAGGCUCUGGCAUGCGUGGGCCAGCUGGCCCAGGCAGUGGGGCCUGACUACACCGAGCAUGCACGCAGCCUGCUGGAGCCCCUCUUUCAAGGGGGCCUCAGCCCCAUCCUAGUCGAGUCCCUCGCGCAGAUUGCUUCUAGCCUGCCCGUCCUUUUGCCGUCCAUCCAGGAGCGCCUGCUGGACGUGCUAUCCUUGAUCCUGGCAAAGAAGCCGUACCGCCCCCCCAGUGCUGCCAGCCCCCUUGCGCGCAGCCCCAGCCUGGGCAGCCCCGUGCUCCAGUCCGAGCUCACCGCCGCCGGCCUCACCCAGCUCGCCCUCCGCACGCUCGCCACCUUCGACCUCAACGGGCACGACAUGAUUGAGUUUGUGCGCGAGCACGUGGUGCGCUACCUGGACGACGACGAGGUGCACACGCGGCGCGAGGCGGCCGUCACGUGCUGCCGCCUGCUCAAGGCGAGCGUGGCGGGUGCGGGGCUGCGGCUGCCGCGUGACGGCCGCCCGCUAGGCUCGCGGCGCAAGCGUGUGCUAGUGGAAGAAGUGCUGGAGCGGCUGCUGGUAGCGGCCGUUGCGGACGCAGACGAGGGCGUGCGCCGCGCCGUGCUGCUGAGCCUGCCGGAGGGGGCCGGCUUCGAGGAGAACCUUGCGCAGGCGGACAGCCUGCGGGCCGUCUUCAUCGCGCUCAAUGACGAGUCGUUCGAGGUGCGCCAGUACGCCAUCACUUUGGCGGGCCAACUGGCGGAGCGCAACCCUGCGUACGUGCUGCCCGCACUGCGCCGCCACCUGCUGCAGCUGCUCACUGACUUGGAGCACAGUUCGGACAGCAAGCACAAGCAAGAAAGCGCACGCCUGCUGGGUUGUUUGGUGCACGCCUGCCCGCGCCUCAUUCUGCCCUACAUCGCGCCCGUCCUGAAGGCCCUGGUCGCCCAGCUGCGGGAGAGUUCCACUGGGGGGGCUGCUACUGGGGAAACUAGCAGCGGGGGCGGCCGCAGUGGCGUCAUCACAAACGUGUUGGCUACCGUCGGAGAGCUUGCCAGAGUGGGUGGCGGCACGAUGCGACCAUACGUGGGCGAGCUGAUGCCGCUGGUGGUGGACGCGCUGCACGACGGCGGGACCGGCAGCGAUAGCAAGCGACGCCAGGUGGCCGUCUGCACGCUGGGGCAGCUCGUGGAGAGCACCGGGUACGUGGUGGUGCCGUACACGGACUUCCCGCAGCUGCUGGGGGUGCUGCUGCGGCUGCUCAACGGGGAGCACGCCUGGGCCAUGCGCCACGAAGUGCUCAAGGUGCUGGGCGUGAUCGGCGCGCUGGACCCGCACGCGCACAAGCGCAACCAGAUGCUGCUGCAGGCGGGCCACGCGGAGGGCGGGCGGCCCGCAGCGCCCGCAGACGGCGGGAUGGCGCGCAGCGCGCUGGUGGAGGCGGACUUGCCGGGGGAGGUGUUGCCGAGCAGCGGGAUGAGCACGAGCAGCGAGGAGUACUACCCGACGGUGGCCAUCAACGCGCUGAUGCGAAUCCUGCGCGAGAAGGCCAUGUCCAGCUACCACCAGCGCGUCGUGGGCAGCCUCAUGUACAUCUUCCGCGCCAUGGGCCUCGCCUGCGUGCCCUACCUCCCCAAGGUCCUCCCCGACUUGUUUCACGUGAUGACCGUGUGCGACGACGCCCUGCGAGACUUUCUGCUCCGCCAGCUGGCCCAACUCGUAGCUAUCGUGCGCCAGCACAUUCGCAAGUACCUGCCGGAGCUACUCAAUCUCAUCCACGAGUACUGGUCCUACCCCGCGUUGCUCCUGCCGGUGCUGCACUUGGUGGAGCAGCUGUCGCGCGCGCUCAACGACGAGUUCCGCGCGCACCUGCCCGAGAUCCUGCCGCGCUGCGUCCAGGUCCUCGCGCUCGCCGAGCAGACCGGCGAUUACGCCUCCGUGCCGCCCGUCCUGCACGCCUUUGAGGUCUUCGGGAGCAGCAUGGACGAGCACAUGCACCUGGUCCUGCCCGCGCUGGUGCGGCUGCUGAAGCCGUCGGUGGUCGACGCCCCCGUGGAUAUCCGGCGCGCCACCAUCCGUACGCUGGGGCGCCUGCUGCCCACCAUGCACGUCGCGGGCCACGCGUCCGCCAUCCUGCACCCGCUCACCAGGGUGCUCGACGGGCCGCAGGAGGAGCUGCGUAAGGACGCAAUGGAUGCCAUCUGCGCGCUGGCGGGCGCCAUGGGCUCCGACUUCGCCAUCUUCAUCCCCUCCAUCCGCAAGCUUCUGCACAAGCACCGCCUCACCCACCCGCGCUUCGAGGGCGUGGCUGCACGCGUGCUGCGGCGCGAGCCCGCGGUGGUGCUGGAGGCGAGCAGCCUGAUGCACGCGCCCAGUGACGCGAGCAGCCUCUCGGAGGUGUACCACGGCGCCAGGCAGGCCGACGGGGAGAGCGUCGAUGGGGAGGACGACGCUGCCAUGGCGCCAGGCAGGGUGCUGAGGGUGAACGAGGGUGCCCUGCGGCGCGCAUGGGAAUCGAGUCAGCGUAGUACGCGCGAGGACUGGGCGGAGUGGAUGCGCCACUUCAGCGUGGAGCUGCUCAAGGAGUCGCCCUCGCCCGCGCUGCGCACCUGCGCCGGCCUCGCGCAGCUGCAGCCCCAUGUUGCACGAGAACUCUUUGCCGCGGGCUUCGUCAGCUGCUGGUCCGAGCUCUCGCCGAACUACCGGGAGCAGCUGGUGCGCAGCCUGGAGGCCGCCUUCGCAUCCCCGACCAUCCCGCCCGAGAUCCUGGCGACGCUGCUGAACCUGGCCGAGUUCAUGGAGCACGACGAGAAACCGCUGCCCAUGGAGAUCCGCACGCUGGGCGCGCUCGCGGAGAAGUGCCACGCGUUUGCCAAGGCGCUGCACUACAAGGAGCGCGAGUUCGAGACGAGCCCCACCACCACCGUCGAGGCGCUGAUCCAUAUCAACAACCAGCUGCACCAGCACGAGGCGGCGGUGGGCAUCCUGCACUACGCGCAGCAGCAGCAGGGCGUGGAGCUGAAGGAGUCGUGGUACGAGGAGCUGCAGCGCUGGGACGAGGCGCUCGAGGCGUACGAACUCAAAGCAGCACAGGCGCAGACGCACCACCAGGCGCUUGAAGCCACGCUCGGACGGAUGCGGUGCUUGGCAGCCCUCGCCCGUUGGGACGAGCUGGGUUCGCUGUGCCGCGAGACGUGGGCGCCCGCAGAGCCUGCGGCGCGGCUGGAGAUGGCGCCCAUGGCCGCAAGCGCGGCGUGGAACCUGAACGAGUGGGACGAGAUGCACGAGUACGUCAGCGUGCUGGACGACGGCGACGACGCACACCGCAGGAUGCCCAUGAACGCGGUGGGCGGCUCGCGAGGGGGCAGCGUCGGGAGCGGCAUCAGCGACGGGCCGUUCUUCCGGGCCGUACUGUCAGUCAGGAGGGGACAGUAUGCGGAUGCCCGCAUGUACGUGGAGCGCGCACGCAAGCUGCUGGCUACUGAACUGGCCGCGCUGGUGCUGGAGAGCUACGAGCGCGCGUACGGCAACAUGGUGCGCGUGCAGCAGCUCGCGGAGCUGGAGGAGGUCAUCGACUACUGCCAGCUGCCCACUGCUGACGCUGCCGCCGACGCGCGUGCUGCGCUCAUCCGACGAAUGUGGCAGGACAGGGUCCGUGGGGCGCAGCGCAAUGUCGAGGUGUGGCAGGCGCUGCUGGCGGUGCGCUCGCUGGUGCUGCCCCCCUCGCAGGACAUCGCCACGUGGCUCAAGUUUGCGUCGCUGUGCCGCAAGAGCGGGCGCGUGAGCCAGUCGCAGGCGACGCUGGUGAAGCUGUUGCAGUACGACCCCGCACAGGAGGGCGGGGGCCGCCUCUCCGUGGAGCCGCCCGUCAUGCUGGCCUACCUCAAGCACCAAUGGUCCCUCGGCGGGGACCGCAACAGGAUGGACGCCUUCCACCAAAUGCAGGAGCUGGCGGGCGAGCUGGAGCACAGCGCGGCCGUACUGGGCACGUGGCGUUGGACGCUGAGCGCCAGCCUGGAUGAUGACGCCAUCAGCGGCAUCCUGAGCAGCCUGGCGGCAGCCACCGAGAGCGCGCGGGGGUGGGCCAAGGCGUGGCACAAGUGGGCGCUCUUUAACACGGCUGUCAUGAGCCACCACACAGUUAUGCACAACCCAGCCGCCGCGGCUAGGCAUGUGGUCGCGGCCGUGAACGGGUACUUCCGGUCAAUCGCGCUGGGGAGCGCCAACCAAAAGGGCGGGGACGGCAGCCUGCAGGACAUUCUGCGGCUGCUGACGCUGUGGUUCAACCACGGCGCGGCGACAGACGUGCAGGCGGCGCUGCAGGAGGGCUUCCAGCAGCUCAACAUCGACACGUGGCUGGUGGUCAUCCCGCAGAUCAUUGCGCGCAUUCACUCGCCCGUGCCCGCCGUCAGGAACCUCAUCCAGGCGCUGCUCACCAGGGUCGGCCGCCACCACCCGCAGGCGUUGAUGUACCCGCUGCUGGUGGCGUGCAAGUCGAUGAGCAGCUCGCGCAAACAGGCCGCGCAGGCCGUCGUGGACAACGUGCGCAACCACAGCGCCACGCUCGUCAAGCAGGCGCAGCUGGUGAGCAAGGAGCUGAUCCGGAUGGCCAUCCUGUGGCACGAGAUGUGGCACGAGGCGCUGGAGGAGGCGAGCCGGCUGUACUUCGGCGAGCACAACGUGGAGGGCAUGCUGCAGGCGCUCGAGCCGCUGCACGCCAUGAUGGACAAGCAAGGCGCUGAGACGCUCAAGGAGAUCUCCUUCGGCCAGGCGUACGGGCGAGAGCUCCAGGAGGCGCACGAGUGCUGCAUGCGCUUCCGGCGCACCGGCAAGGAGGCCGAGAUCACGCAGGCGUGGGACUUGUACUACAACGUGUUCAAGCGCAUCAACAAGCAGCUGCCCAGCCUGACCACGCUCGAGCUGCAGUACGUGUCCCCCGCGCUCGUCCAGGCGCGCAACCUAGAGCUGGCCGUGCCUGGGACCUACCGCGCGGGCGCGCCGGUGGUGACCAUUGCGUCGUUCGCGGCGCAGCUGACGGUGAUCACGUCCAAGCAGCGGCCGCGCAAGUGCACCAUCUACGGCAGCGACGGCGUCGAGUAUACGUUCUUGCUCAAAGGCCACGAGGACCUGCGCCAGGACGAGCGCGUCAUGCAGCUGUUCGGGCUGGUGAACACGCUGCUGGCGAAUGCUCGGCAGAGCGCGGAGCUGGACCUGGCGAUCCAGCGGUACAGCGUGAUUCCGCUGUCGCCCAACAGCGGCCUCAUCGGCUGGGUGCCCAACUGCGACACGCUGCACCAGCUCAUCCGGGAGUACCGCGACCAACGCAAGGUCCCCGUGAACCACGAGCACCGGCUGAUGCUGCAGUUCGCGCCCGACUACGACGCGCUACCGCUGAUGGCCAAGGUGGAGGUGUUCGAGCACGCGCUGGACAACACCAGCGGCAACGACCUCAACAAGGUGCUCUGGCUCAAGAGCCGCUCCUCCGAGGUCUGGCUCGACCGCCGCACCAACUACACGCGCUCCCUCGCCGUCAUGUCCAUGGUUGGCUAUCUGCUCGGCUUGGGAGAUCGGCACCCCAGCAACCUCAUGCUCGAUCGAUACAGCGGCAAGAUCAUCCACAUCGACUUCGGCGACUGCUUUGAGGCGAGCAUGAACCGCGAGAAGUUCCCGGAGCGCGUGCCCUUCCGGCUGACGCGCAUGCUGGUCAAGGCCAUGGAGGUCAGCGGCAUCGAGGGCAACUUCCGCAGCACGUGCGAGAACGUGAUGACCGUGCUGCGCCAGAACAAGGACUCCGUCAUGGCCAUGAUGGAGGCGUUUGUGCACGACCCCCUCAUCAACUGGCGUCUCUUCCACCUGGCGGACGGCAGCACCCACCCCACGGGGGCCCGGGGGGCCCAACCGGCGCAGCCUGCCGACGAACAGGCGGCGCCGCCUUCGCCCCCACAACGAGGGGCCAGGGAAAAGGAACUGCGGGAGGCGGUUGGGCAGCUGGGCGACGCAAACGAGGUUCUGAACGAGCGCGCCGUCGCCGUCAUGACACGCAUGAGCAACAAGCUGACGGGGCGCGACUUCGGGGUCAACGGCGUCCCGCCAAUUGGUGCAGCGGGCGUCCCAGGCGCGGCGGGGGCUGCCAGCAGCUAUCUCCUGGCCAGCUCGGGGAUUGGGGCCCCGGGCGCGGAGCGGGAGGAGCCGGGGCUGACCGUGAAGCUACAUCGGGUGGUGCCCUUUCUGGUGACAGGACAAAGCGAGAUCACCUACACGCGGAAGAGGAAAGAUUCGAAAGUACAGAACGCUCGGGAGUGGCUGGGUCAGUUGCACUUACAGUUGCAUAUGUAA